GAAUCCUACUUUGUCCACACGCAGUUCCAUAAUUUGUAGCGCGAAGUGACCAUACCUGGACAAAAAUGUUCAAGAAACUAAUUCUGCUUGUGCUUGUCGUCCUGAUGUUUGGAGACAGCAUGCAACAAGGUGCAGGCGGUGAAGCCGGAGGAGGCGCCGGUUUCAGCUUCGGAGGCGGCGCUGGCGCUGGUGGCGGUGGUGGCCCUGAUGGUGGUGCUGGAGCUGGUGGUGAAAUGGGAUUCGGAUUUAACGCCGGCGCAGGUGCAGGUGGCGGCGCUGGUGGUGGAAAGUAAAACCAUCCGGUGAGACCAAAUGCAGACUAAAUUCACACUAACAACAUGCGACCCAAACACGAGAUAUUACUGAAUCCUACAUAGAUUAUAAUAAUAUGAGUGUAACACAUUUUACUAAUAAAACAUGUUGGUAUCAAUCA